AAACUCGAGUGGGAAAAACGCGCGGCGUGAACUCUCCCCCUGCGCUACACGGCCCUGCCGGGGCUCCUAUCUGUCGUGAGGCUCGUCAAGCCACCGCCAGAGGUACAGCCGGGCAGAUGAUUCAUCUCGCCUCCGGCUCCCUGUGACAGCGGCUGUGAGGCGCUCCGAGCUGGCGACGGAGGAGCCGCGUCGACACCACAGCCUCGCAUACGCAGUUAUGUGCAGCCCUCUGUCAGCUGUAAACGCUUGCCGACAGCACGCAGACUGUAAAAACAGCCAUGGUAACUGUAAUAAUAAAAAAAAAUAAGACCAGCGGCAACAGCAGCUCUGCAUCCUUCCUCCCCUGGUCUACUCACAGCAUUCCGGAGCACGACGUGCACACGAAGCUGCCCACGGUGAUGUCGACGGCUGCGAUCGAAGGUGUGGAGAGCGAUGUCAGCGAAUUAGAGACCAAGCUUGACAAGCUGGUGAAGCAGUGCCACAGCAUGCUCGAGGCGGGCAAGACGUACUGCAGCAACAGCCGGCAGUUCGUGACGGGCAUCCGGGAGCUCGGGCAGUACUCCUGCGGCGACAGCGGGAUGAGGGACUGCCUGGAGAAGUUCUCCGCCAAGCUGUCCCUGAUGAUCGACGCCCACGGGGAACUCAUCGAGAGCAUCCAGAAACUGGUGAAGUUAAAGCUACAGAGUUUCGUGAAGGAGGAUGUGAAACGAUUCAAGGACACGAAGAAAGAGUUCGACAAGUGCAGCGAAAGUCUGGAGGCGACCCUGAACCGCAACGCCCAGGCGGCCCGUAACCGCCAGCACGAAGUGGAGGAGGCCAGCAGCUCCCUGCUGACUGCGCGCAAGGCUUUCCGCAACGAGGCGCUGGACUACGUGCUGCAGAUCAAUGUUAUUGAAUCCAAAAAGAAGACCGACAUCCUGUCAGCUGUGAGUUGAACUGGUCUGUUUUGUUUCUGGCGGGAGGGCGAGCAGACGCUGUGUAGUUGGGCUGUUGGAUGUGGGUUCUGUGGGGGAUGAAAUGGGUCCUCUUCUAUGUGUGAAGUGCUUUGAUUUCCUUUGCAAAGAGAAGCGCUAUAUAAAUGCCCGAAUUGUUAUUUAUUGUAGCAGUGAGAUCAAUGGAGGCAUUCCGGAGUGGUGUAACAUUAUUUCAGAUGGCACCAGUCAUAAAAGUAUCUUACAAAGCACCAUAAAGCGUAUGAAAGUCAUGACUGCCAAGUAAUUUGUUCCCAGGCAGGACACUUUUGUUGUGAUUUCAUGGGUCCUCUUACUGCGGACCCCAGCAGGGAAUGGAAGAGCCCACC